GAUAGCGAAUAAUGAAAGACGCAAGCGAUUACGGUUCCCAGUGUUUAGUUGUGGAAUCGCUUAUCAUUUGUGAUUGAUUAUAAUGUGCCUAAUAAAUUAGAACCGGAAUAUUUUUUGAUAGUUUACUGACAGUUUCUGCUAAAUAGCAUCCCCAAGUCAAUACUCGCGCAUCACUCAGUCAGCUGAAGUUUCCCAUAGCCUACCUCGUUGGUCUCUCGCGCAAUCUUUCCCACUUGCAUCAAUUCAAAAGUUUCACCGAAGUAAAGUUGUGUUGUCAGAAUGUGAAAUAGUGUUUGUAAACGCAUAAGUACCAGCGGUGAAAUAUUUGUCAAAGUGACUUAAGCGAGUAGUUUAUCGAUUGGUGGUGGAUUCCAUCUUCUCUUUGGUAUUUUUGAUAUAACAAGUGCUAAAUAAGAGGAAACAUCUCAACUUGAUUUGUUAUAUUUUUAUCUACCCGAAAUUGACCCAUCUGUUGUGUUUCGUUGUCAGUUUAUUUGUGAAGCAAUAUUGACCGUAGCUGAUAAACAAAAACCUGUACCAGCUACUAAAUUUAUAAGCAGUGUUGACAGGAUACAAUUGCUCCGGAACGAGACACGUUCGUAGUAUCCGGAAUGCAUCCGGUAAUGCAAUGAACGGCCUAGUCGCUGUUUACCCAGGCUGUGAACACAAGUUCGACCAGUGUUAGCUUACGGUGCUAUUGACAUCGCGGAACGGUCGGUAAAUAGUCUCCGAAGAUGCCUAUCGGCCCGGGUAGCGUACUCACACUUCUAGCGAUUGUGACAGUCGUCCAGGCGAGGAUAGUGGCAGACCAUCCUGGAACGAACUCGUUGUCAACCGAAAGCACGGUAUCCGUUUUACCUACCGUCAACGGAGAGCAGAAUGAGUUGCCGGAGGUAAUUAUGAACUCCACUAUUGGCUUCGCAUCAGAUGGCGCAACUACUAGUACUUCAAACAUAUCAACUUCAACGACCGAAUCGUCUACAACUACGAGCACCUCCACUACCACAACGGAAGCCACAACGACAUCAACAACUAGUACUACAACAACAUCAACAACUAGUACCACAACAACGACUGCCACUCCGACCACUACAACCACCAUAUUACCACCUACAAACGACCUGGGAUGUUAUAACGCAGCACCAGAUCUAUGCCACAGUCGAACUGGGGACUGUGAAUGUAAUCCAGAUCCUUUGAAUCCCGGUGCACUGUUCUGUUGCAACGUUACCGACAUCAACAAAGCGAUCGGCUGUGCCCCAAGUGCACCGGAUGGUAGCGGCAACACCUGGAAGUACAUUCACCUGCGCAACGUAACCGUCCGAGAGCUGGUGCUGAACGUUUCCAAUCGGUACAUCAAAACGUUACUGUCGCUGUCAAUCACGGAUGGACGGAUUCAGAAAAUUAGCAGUUCUUUUGCCCGGUUUUCGUCGCCCAUCUGUCUGAACGUGUCCAAUAAUAACAUUAGCGAUAUCGAACCGAGAGCUUUCCGCGAGCUACGCCAUCUGACGACGUUGGACAUCUCGCAUAACAAUCUGUCCACGAUACCGUCUACGAUCGGGAAUCUCCGGUUGGAUAUUAGAGGAAACAGUGCCAUGCUUUGUAAAUCUUUGCUGGACUCCCUGAAAGAAGGUGACAAAUUCAUCGAUCCGGAGGCAACCUUCUGUCUGACCAACCGAACCUUCAACUGGUUCGAUUCGACCGACCGCAUUCCGUUGCAUCAGCUGGUGUUGAGUCAGCGGGUGCAGAACGAUUGUCCCAAACGGUGCAGCUGUGAGUUGGACAGACUCAACUUUGAUCUGAACAAUACGGAACGCAAAACCAUUACCGCUCGGGUGGAUUGUUCCGGGUUGGGAUUGGUCGAUUUUCCGGAAACACUUCCGCCGGAUACGGUUACGCUGAAUGUUUCCAACAAUAAUAUCACCAGCCUGAAGGCCCUGAUCGGCAAAUCCUACCAUUCGCUGGUACGCCUGUACGCCGACGACAACCAAAUCACCUCGCUGAGUGACCUGGAGGGGACGGAUUUCAUUUCGCGGUUCAGCUUUUUCUCGAUCCGACGCAAUCGGCUGAAAACCAUCCAGACCUAUCAGUUCAAAUCGAACCUGGAUCUCGGGUCGUACCUGUUUCUCGAGGGUAACCCAAUGACGUGCGAUUGCAAUGCGGCUAAGAACCUGAAAAAUUGGCUGCUCAGCAAGAAGGCCCAGGUGCCGGAUCACGAUCAGAUCUACUGCGAGGGAAACAGCCACGUGACGAAGAUGGUGCAGAUUCAGGAAAGUAAACUGUGCCAGUCUCAGCACGAUUGGACGGAUUACAUCUACUAUCUGAUAGCUACGGAAAUUAUUCUGCUGAUUGCCCUGAUCUGCAAGGUAUCGUACGAUUACUGGGUAUUCAAGACGGCCGGCUAUCUUCCGUGGCCGGCCAACAAGAUGCCCAAACUACCGUGCGAUUGUUUGUGCGAGUGAAUUUGAUCCGAACCCGGAGGUUGAACACGGAUCUAGUGAAUGUCUCUCUAAAAGCAGUGCCUCUCAAAUGUCGGAAAAAAAUAACCCCGAGAAGCUAAUUUGUGCCUUACGUGUCUGUGAUUGUGUAGAACGAAUGUAAUAAAAAUUGUAGCAAAUAUUUG